AUGUCAAGUCAAAAGCGUGAAGCAAAAACAUCUUCUAAAAAUUUGCCAUCUCUCAAAAAGUGUAAAUGUAGUUCUCUCAAACAUCAACACAUAACCAGUAAAAACUGUCCAAUACAAAAAGUUAGCCGAGCAAAAAUUUACCCAACCUUCAAUUCUACUAAUACACUCACACUAACAAGAACUAUAAAGUGCGCACUUAAUAGCAUGUUAAUUGAUAAUUCAAUCAAACCAGCCCUAGAAGAUGCAUUGACUCAUAUUAACACUAUUACUUUUGAGGGAGCAAAACUUUUAGAACUUUAUUUAUUGGACAAAUUGGAUAGAGAGACCUCUGAACAUGCAAUGGUGUCAACAUGUGGAAUUGGGCAAAUUAUAAGUCUUUCUGCUAACCAAUAUCUCACUAAUCGCACUUGUGUCAAUAUUAAUAAUGUUGGUGAAAAUGUGAAGAACAUAGAUGAUGCAUCACAACAAUGCCUAAAUUACAUUUUGGAAUUAUAUAAUGAAGUUAGAAAUUUUGUUGGGGACUUGGAUCUUUCAGAGGAUGCAAUGGGGUUGAGAAUCUUUGAUAUUAUCCCUCAAUUUAGCUUUCAUACAAGAUAUAUGUCUCUUGAUACAAAUGCACUUUACAAAGUCUUAAAAUCAAUUGUCAUCCAUCCUCUUGAAAGAGGGAUAAAUGAAACACAAUUUGGGGAUAAUGCCAAUUAUUAUUGGAAUCAGGAUGGGUUCAUUGAGGAUAAUUGUGGAAUAACUAAUAUUUUUGGAAAAAAAGAUGAAUGGUCUUGA